AACAGUCCAGUCUUCUCUUGGUGUUCUUCCUUUCUCUCCCCCAGGAAGUCUCUGAGGUAGCAACAUGUCAGACACUGAGGAAAUAGUGGAGGAGUAUGAGGAGGAAGAGGAGGAAGAAGAGGUGGAGGAGGUGAAUGAGGAAGAAGAUGCCGAGGAGGAAGAGGAGGAGAAAGAAGAGAAGAAAGAAGGACAUGUGGAGGAGAGUGAGCAUGAAGAAGAGUCCAAACGCUGGUUUAAGACGACCUAUGUGCCAAACAUCGCUCCUCCAAAGCUCCCUGAGGGCGAGAAGGUGGAUUUUGACGACCUCCACCGCAAGAGACUAGAAAAGGACUUCAACGACCUUCAGACUCUCAUCGAGGUGCAUUUCUCCAGCCGUCAGAAGGAGGAGGAAGAGCUGAUCGCGCUGCGUAACCGCAUCGAACGCCGGCGCUCCGACCGGGCGGAACAGCAGCGAGUCCGAGCGGAGCAGGAGCGCGAGCGUCAGGCGAGGCUGACCGAGGAGAGGGUGAGGAGAGAGGAGGAGGCGGCCAAGCUUCGGGCUGAGGAGGACGCCAAGAAGAAGAAGAUAUUCUCCAACAAGUCGUUUGGUGGCUACCUGCAGAAGGUGGACCAGAAGAAAGGCAAGAAGCUGACGGCUCGAGAGGAGAAGAAGAAGGCCCUGAUGGAGCGCAGGAAGCCGCUCAACAUCGACCACCUGAACCAGGAGAAGCUGGCGGAGAAGGCGCAGGACCUCUGGCAGUGGCUUCACCAGCUGCACGCCGAGAAGUUUGAGCUGGCGGAGAAGCUCAAGAGGCAGAAGUACGACAUCUACGUGCUGCGAAACCGAGUCAGUGACCACCAGAGGGGCUCCAAAGCAUCCAAAACCUCCCGAGGCGCCAAGGGCAAGUCCGGCUCCUGGAAGUGAUGCCCAGAGUCCGCGAUGACCGGACCUCCGAGUUGUUUCUCGACUAUCUGGGGUCUGUGUCCAGCUUGGAUCAUAAAACUUAUCCCAGGGACUGUGUGCAGAUUGAUGGGCCGGGUUCCCCUUUGAGGGACUGAAUGCAGUAAAUCAAGCCAAAUAAUAGUGAAUGGUGUCUAUGAUUGUUCUGUUGAGAUUCAAUAAUCAACUUUAUUUAGCUGUUAAUGUGUUCACAGGCUGCGGUUGAAGAGUUUGUUACGUUUAUAUGUAUGCUGAUGAUGUUUGAUUUUGCUUCCUUCUACUAACUACUAGUUUCUCACCAACUAUUUUCCUAAAAAUGUUUUGAAUGUUCUGCUUAUUUCCAAUAAAUCAAGACUUGUGUAAAA